AUGUUACUGUCGUCGUCGCUGAAACAUCGCCCAAAUGCUACUGAGAAACCAAUGUCCAACUUUCCCUCAAGGACCACUGGAGCGAUGGACUACGAUACGCGUUCCACACAUUCUCUUAUGAGCUCAAUCUCUACCUUGUCCACGACAUCAACGGCCGAUAAUCUGCCAGGGCCGGGACGUGUUCUCGACCAAUACUUUUUUCAACCAAGUGGACGGUUCGUUGAGCGAAAACUUAAUCGCUUUCUCUACGGCAAGAAGUUGGCUCGCAAUCGCAGCAGCACGUCGCACAAUAACCUCAACGUUUAUUCUGAUCCUGCAGCACGUCAGGAUGGAGACUCUGUCGCUGACCAGAAAGAAUGGGAGGGCAGUCAAGCUGGACGUGAGGCAUCCACCAUUGGACGUCUGCAACGUGUAGACUCAAGCUUGUUGUCUGAUGAUUGGACCUACACCUACGUCACGUCUCCAAACCAGACAUGCGACGACCUUCCCGGAGCUGGCCACUUCGUUGACUCUUACUUCUAUCAGCCUGCUGGCCGAUUCCUGGAAGCCAAAGUAAACAAAUUCCGAGGCAACAGGAAGGACAUCACUGCAUAUAACAAAUUGAUCAUAACUGGAUAUCGAGAUACCAUCAUGAGAAUCCUUGACCAGAAUGCUAGAGCACUCAACCGGACCUCCGACUACUUGGUAAAUGACUGGUUUUGUUGGAAAACGCGAAGUCUGUCAGGUCUCCUGUAUGCCUGGGGCGGCCAUAGUAUGGAUUGUCUUCAGGAAGACAAAAUUGUGUAUUGCUGUAAUAGUAUUGCAGAAGCUGCAAUGUCAAACAAUUCUAUUAUUCAGGACGAGGCUUUACAUUGCUACAAAGACCUCCUGAAAGCUUAUCCACGCCUAUAUCAAUACUUUCGCCAGACCCGAAUUUUCGACCGUGUCCUUCAAGGAUCUGCAGAACAAGAUAUCGAAGACUUACUAGGACCACUGGUUGAAAUAUCGCUUGUUUUACCUUCCGAAGAAAUUACUCGCUCAAAUAUGCCUACCGUUCGGCCCUUCCUCUUAUCGUUUAUUGCAGAUGUGCUUGAAAUCCGAUCAGCAACCAUUGAAGCAGAGACGGUCAAUGUUCCCAAGUUCCUCCAGGAAGUCCUUCGGAUCAACGAAAUUUUUCAUUUCUCUGGCGGGAUGUUCACACUAGAGGAUCCUGUUACGCUAUUCUGGGACAGAGUCAAGAGAAUUCUCGACAAGCCGGGAGUCUACAGUGGCACUUUGUCUACUUCCUUACUUGUUUCUCUGUUUUCUUCUUGGCAAUCUCUUCCUAUUGGGACAUAUCACCCACUACAGGACUUCAUUCGGCUCUCCUUCCGGAUUGCAUUAAAGCUAGAAUGGGAGAGUGUAUUCAAAGAAGCAAGUAUUUGGCAGCAGUGCACUCACGAAGCAUCUCACCAAGACAUUGAGCAAGAGCCUUCUAAUAAUGAUGCAGAUGUUCUAGAACCUGUUGAAGCACCUUCAUCUGUAAAACCUAUUGCAGUUACUGUUACACUAGAUGUUACUGUGGAGUAG